AUGUCCUGUGGCAAACCAAAGAUGUGGUUGGUUCCUGUUCUGACGUGCUUGCUUUAUUGCUCUGUGUUAAUUCAUGGAGAAAUUCUGGGUGGAGAUGUUGAUCCUGAAGCCACUCUGGAUGCCAAACAGCUCAUCACAUACUGGAACUACCCCUAUGAGGAGCAUGACAUAGUGACAAAGGAUGGCUAUAUUCUUACCUUAUUCAGAAUUCCACAUGGCAGAGGAAACAAUAUGACCACAAGUGCAAAGCCAGUAGUAUUUCUGCAGCAUGGUAUCCUUGUUGAUGCUGCUAACUGGUACCAAAAUCUUCCUCAUAACAGCCUGGCUUUCAUGCUAGCAGAUGCUGGCUUUGAUGUCUGGCUAGGAAACAGCCGUGGAACUAUUUGGUCCAGAAAACAUGUCUCUCUUUCGCCCACAUCACAGGAGUUCUGGGCUUUCAGCUUUGAUCAAAUGGCUAAAUAUGACCUUCCAGCAUGUAUAGAUUUUGUUCUGCAGAAAACUGACCAACAACAGUUGACUUACAUUGGUUACUCACAAGGAACCACAAUAGGCUUUGUUGCUUUUUCUUCCAAUCCUAAAUUGGCUGCAAAAAUCAAACUAUACCUUGCCUUAGCUCCGGUCGACACCAUUAAACAUUCCAAAACACCUCUAGCAAAACUUGCAUUACUUCCCGAUGUACUACUCAAGAUCUUGUUUGGAGUUAAGGAGUUUUUGCCAAGAACAUAUUUUGGUUCUUUGGUUAUUCCUAAGAUUUGCAGCCUCAAUGUAUUGGCACCGAUUUGUGGUAACCUCCUGUUCGUAUUGUGUGGAUUUAAUGAGAACAACUUAAAUAUGAGCCGAGUACAUGUGUAUGCACAUUAUGCCCCAGCUGGAACAUCUGUACAGAAUAUGAUCCAUUGGAAACAGGCUAUCAAGAGUGGUAAACUGAGAGCUUUUGAUUAUGGACAGUUAGAAAACCAAAAUCGUUACAACCAGACUCAGCCUCCUGAAUACAACAUAAUGGACAUGAAUGUACCAACUGCAAUCUGGAGUGGUGGAAAAGAUUUGUUUUCUGUCCCUGCUGAUGUUGACGUCUUAAUCCCCAAGAUAAAAAAUCUCCACUACAUCAAGUUUAUUCCUGACUGGAAUCAUCUGGAUUUUGUGUUUGGUCUUAAUGCACCUGAUGUAAUGUAUUAUGACAUAAUUAAUAUGAUAAAGGAGAACCGUUAA